CUGAACCCGGUGAACCGGUUUGAUUUACGAGUUGGGACCAAAAACUAGGGGUAAAACCUGGGCACCGGCCGCCACGAUUUGGUGUGCCUCGUCAUCGAUUCGUCCGCGACCUCACCGCCGGCGACUGGGCGCAACGAGCCAGGCCUUCUUCCCCCGCAGUCUUCUCUCGUCUAGCGGCGGAGCGGAGAUCCGUCCAGACUUGGAACGGCUUCUUUUUGUUGGUCGUCUUGUUCUUCAGCGCGCAAGAUCAAUCUGCCCAAGGUGCCGGUGCAGUUUAUUUUUCAAACCCCCCCCCCCCCCAUGCCCCCACGUUAAGCCUGCCCCUGCGAUUCGGUGCUCUCUUAAGCGAUGAACCUUCGCUGAAUUGGUAAUCUUGGCUGCAGGGGGCAAUGGACGUUAAAGGUCUCGACAGAGACAAGUUCGAGAGUAGGCUCUAUGUAGGGAAUCUGGACUUCAGGAUAUCAGAGUCCGAUGUUAUCAAGAUGUUUUCCCCCUUUGGAAAGAUUAUAGCUGAGGAUUUCUUGUGGCACACACGUGGCCCAAAGCGAGGCGAGCCCCGAGGUUAUGCCUUUGUUCAAUACACCACCAAAGAGGAAGCUCAGUUGGCAAAGGAAAAGAUGAAUGGCAAGUUGGUCUGUGGACGCCCAAUGGUGGUUCACCUGGCUAGUGAGAGAUGUUCUCUGGACUCCAGUAACACACAGAGAGCAUUGAAAAACAAGAAGCUGGCAGGUGGUUCAGGAGGCAAAUCAGGACAAACUGAUCGCGCUGCAAAGAUAGCUGCUAUAAAGAACAAGUUAAAAUCACUGGAGGAAGAGGGAUGUAGCACAAAAAGAACAAGACUUGAGAAAGAUGACUUGACAGGCACCGAGAAACAGUCUCAUAAGAAGUUUUGAAGUGAUUUUUUUUGUUCUUCAGAACGUUGGGAGCUUGUGCCCUCUUACGCUGCCGACACUUCUAAAGCUGCUGCCAUUCUAGAACUUUAGCUUUAGGAAGUUAGUCAAGUCACAUGUAACAUUACACUGUUGCCACAUUUGUACAACAGUUUGUACCAAUUACAUGCUUCUGAAUAAAAAAUGGCCUUUAGACGGGGGAUUCAUUGUGACAAUAUGUUGUUUUGGCAUUGAUAAUGUGCUGGUUUGUGAGUUUCA